AAUACCAAAAACAACGCAGCAUUCGUGCCAGUGUGACCAUUGUUAGACGAUGUUGCCACAAUCGACGAAAAUUGUGAUAUUGAAGUGGAAGAAUUAAACUUGGUGGCAAGAAAGUCGCGAAAGAGUGUUGACUAUUCCCAGCGUCGACAAUUCAAUCGAAAAUUAAUCUGAAAACGUAACUAACAAGAACUGACACACGCACACAACUAAAAAGAAAGAAAAAAAACAUAUAUCUGCUGGAGGAGAGGCGCUGACGCUACGCCACGCCGCGCCGCAUUAAACAACAACAAAUUUGUGUGCUGCAUUAAACAGUCAGCGAAAAUUAAUAAUACAUAUAACAAUCAUAUACAUAUAUAUAUAUAGAUAUAUAAAUAUAUAAUAGUAGUAGUAAUUUGUAUCAAUAAGCGACGCUCGCGUCUGAAGCAGCAACAUGAAUUCGAAACGCAUCAAAUACACAACGCUGUCAAGUCCGACAGAUGCACCGUCCAAGGAGGAAAUAGUGCCAGUUAUCAUACAGCACGAUACAGACGACGUGGACGGCAGCGGCGAGUCGACACAGUAUACAUAUGCCUAUACCACCAAUGAGGAUGAUGACACCGAAACGGCCGUGGUGACGCUUAGCGAUCGCGACCAUGAGGCCCUCGCCAAUGCCCAGGAGGUGAUAAUCGAUGAGAACGGGCAUGCGGUGACAUUGCAGCAAUUGGUGGAGAACAGCACCGUCGAGGAGGUGGAGACCAUUGAGCAGGGCGACGGCACACACACCAUACUGCACAUUGUGCCGAAUAUGGAUGACGAUGAGGAUGACGACGAGGAGGCUAUUGAACAUGAUGAUGAUGAAAUUGUUGGCGUCGAACAUGAGGAGGGCGAGGAGCAGGACGACGAGGAGGAUGACAUGGGCUCAAUUGUGUUCGAAGGCACCAUCGAUCACAGUCCCGAAUCCGAUUCGCAGUCGCGCAACAAAACGUUCUACUGCCCAAAUUGCGGCAAUUGCUACAGCGCCGCCGGCUCACUAAAGCUGCACAUGCGCGCCUGUUUGCGCCAGCGCAACGAGGUCUCUGCCGAGGAUCGUAAAUGCAAGGUGUGCAGCAAGAUCUUCAAUUCGGUGGCCUAUCUCAAGGAGCACAUGAUGCGUCACACUGGCGAACAGCCGUUCCGCUGCACCCGCUGCUAUCGCAAAUUUGUGGACGAGGCCAAAUAUAAUACACACAUGGACUCGCACAAGCAUCAGGAUAAGCUUGAGGCCGAGGCCGAGGCAUUGGCCGCCCAACAUGGCGGCAAAAAGGUUGUUGUCAAGGAGUUCACCUGCUCCUUCUGUUCACAAAACUUCACCGUUGUCUUCGAUGUCGGGCAGGUGAAGCGGCGCUAUGCCUGCGACGCGUGCCGCGACAAAUACUCAAACGCCGAGGCGCUCCGCCAGCACAAACAGCAGGUGGAGGAGAAGCGCGAGUUUAGCUGCGAACGCUGCGGCCGCAAAUUUGUCUUCGAGGGCUUCCUGCAGCGCCAUCUGCCCACCUGCGAUGGCAGCAUCAAGCGUCGUCGUGACAUGAAGUAGAGGUGGCAGCAACGUGAUGGCAAUUGGCGGCGCCGGCGCAAAAGAUCCGACAUGGUCGACCACGAUGCGGAUCAGCAGCUGCACGAUAUGGCGGAUCAGCAGCAGCAGCAGCAGCAGCUGCAGCUGCAGCAAGAACAGGUGCUGAUGUCGCCGCCAAUGCGUUACGUUGUUAUUAAACAGGAGCAGCUCGAGGAGUUGGAGGAGAGUGUCGACCAGGAGCAGCAGCCCUAGAGGCGGCUGGUCAAAAACAAAUGAAAAAUGAAAAACUUUCGUUUAUAUACUUUUCUUUCUUUCACACACGCACACACACACACACACACCAGCUGUAGUUAAAUACUAGCUUUUAGGCAGAGUCCCAGGCGUUUCCAGCUGGCAAUGUAAUUAUAAUUCUCUCUCUCUUUCUCUCUCGCAACAAAAAGAAAAAGAAGAAAAUCGAACAUUUUCAUUGCUGCGCUCAAUUUGAUAUCGAACGCACACACACACACACACACACACACACACACACACACACACACACACACACACACACACACACACACACACCUACACACACACACAUACUUCGUUCUUGCCACGCUGGGGGCCUGAAUACAUAUAAAUACACACUAAUAUAUAUAAAUAUAAAAAAAAAACAAACAAACAUAUAUAUAUAUAUAAAGAUAUAGAUACAUAUAGAGAAAGAUAUCGACGACAACACGAGCAGUAAAAUCGAACUUUAUAUAAACCUUUUUUUUUUAAUAUGUAAUAUUAUAAUGAUAAGAAUUUGUUAUGGGAGUGUCGAGGCAUAUAUAUAUAUAUAUAUGUAUAUAUAUAUUAGUUUAUAUCCAUACAUCAGGGCUUCGUACAAUGUCAAGUAUGUACAGUGUACUUUUUAUUCAAUGUAUACUUUUCCAUUUACACACGCACACACACACACACACACACACACAGAUCUUAAAUGCGAAUAGCCGAGAUAUUGCGUAAAGUUCCCCAAAUGAGAGAAUAUGCUACACAAUUACAAUUAUUGAUGUUGAAUUCAAUAAAAGCAACAAACAACAAAAAC